AUGUCGCGCGCAGAGAGGUUCGAGGAUGAGAAAAGGAGGAUCAUCGAGUCGUGCUUCGCCAAAGUCGACCAGAGCGACCAGCUGGUGGAGUCGUACAUCACCCACAUUCGCGUGCUGGAGGAUGGGCUGUAUCCCACCACUCCUGCUCCGCCGGACAGCCCGCAGGACAAUAAGAAGCCGCGGUUGGUCAUCAUCGCCGUGCGCUCCACCGGCAGAGUGCGGAUGCACAAGGCGCGGGAGAAUAACAACGGUAGCUUCAGCAUCGGCAAGACGUGGAAUCUCGAAGAUCUCGCCGCCAUCGAGUCCUUCUGCGAUUCGUCAACUCCUCCGGCGAGUGACCUGGAGGCCCAAUAUAGAUCGUGGGCUGGCAGCGUGGGCUUCGUGGUGACUAUCACAAAGCCCUACUACUGGCAGGCUGGCAGUGCGAAGGAGAAGGAUUUCUUCAUUGCCAGCACCGUCAAGAUCUUCAAGAAAUAUACCAAGGGGCAGACGCCUGAGCUGAUUGGGUUCGACAAGAACCAGAGAGCAGCCAUUCUGGGGCCAAGCGCCGGCCCGACCUCGCCUCCACCUCCGCAGCCUCCAAUGCACUCAUCACAGCGCAAUGAAAGCCCCUCAUUUGCCCCGGCGCCCCCGCAAGCCCCCUUUGCACGUCAGGCUGGCCGAGAUGGCAGUCGCCAACGUGAAAGCCCAGGUUCUGGUAGCUUCGACCGACAUCGACGAAAUCUCAGUGGCGCAGGAAGCCGAGGCGAAUCUCCUGGUCACUUUGCACCCCCGCCAGCAAUAGGCGUACCAAAACCUUUUGCUAGCAAUGAGAACCUCCGCUCCGGGAGUCCCUCGGGCUCCUUUCCAGAGCUCCGGCCGUCAAUGUCUGGUGGUUCGGCUCCGACCUUACCUCCUAUCGCCGCCUUGACCAACUCGACGUCGAGCGACCAGACGAGGCCGCCACCGUUAACAAGCGCGAAGAGCACUGCCUCUUCGUUGAACAUUGGCGAUCCCGCUGGAUUCGCUGCUGCGGUGGGCUUCAUGGGCGCGGAACACUCACCAUCAGCUGCGGCCGCGACCACUUCAUCUGAGCAGCCAGCCGGCCCGCUCGCGCCACCCCGAUCCAGGAGACGCCCUACACUCGAGACGACCGUAUCGGACUCGACUCUUGAAACCCUGAAGCCGGCGCCAUUAAAGACCCAGUCACGAAGUGCCACACCAGACGGACCGAGUGCCUAUACAACGCCCAAGGAAGCACUCACGCCCGACUCGGAUUCGAACUUGCCUCUUCCGGGGGUCGGGAAUCGAGGACUGUAUGCUUCAUCGCCUUUGUCCACUUCCGCUCAGACGCCGGGAGAUGAGCGUACAGUGCAGAAAGCUGGGGAUGAGCUCGAGGAAGAGUUCCGACCAGGGUUAGGCCCGAUGAUCAAGAAGAGAGCAGUCGCGGAGCGCAUGAAGAAGGCCGCCAUGACUGUCAAUGCGUUCAAGCCAAGGCCUGGAGGCGCGGCCGAGAAGAUCCUCCGGGCCAAAGCGGAACGCGAGGGUAAGAACGAGCCCGACGGGAUCACCGGGGUUGUGCCACGGUCUGUGAAGCAAGAGGAGAAUGCAACGCCGCAAGCCGAUGACCUGGCGGUCAAGCAACCGGCCACUCUCCACGAUCAACCACCGGCGCAAGAAGAUCCUGGCCGAGAGGCACAGUUAGAUGGGGAGGAGAAAGCACGAGCUGAGCAGAGGCAACUUCGACAACCGCAAGUCAAGGUGAAGCGAAGAAGUGCGACUCAAGAACGAUAUUUAGAUGCUCUGGGCAUCGAUCGGUCAUUAUUGGCGAACAAGUGCCUGGAUUUCGAGAUGCUGCUCCACGACUUUGGUUGGGACGAUGCAUCGCGCUCCCCGAAAGCCCUUGCAGACAUGGAGGCGGAUCUCCGACGGGAACAGAGUCGAUUGGACAGCGCCGGCUGGCUUUCAUCCCCGUCGCAAGACACUGCCGCGCGUCAGGAACGCGAGCAACAGGUGAUGAGGCUGCUCGACAAGGCCAUCCACGAAUGCGACGAGAUGGAUGGCUUAUUGACGAUCUACAACGUCGAGCUCAGCAGCUUGAAUGAUGAUAUUGCCUACAUCGAAGCGCAAUCGCAAGGUCUGCAAGUGCAGGCUGCGAAUCAGAGGAACCUGCACACUGAGUUGUCCAACCUGGUCAACACAAUAUCCCUGGACCAGAGGAAAAUGGAACCCAUGCUUCAUGCAGACCUGUCGGAUCCCCAGGGCAUCGAUAGUGCAGAGCAGAGUCUCAAGACGAUUUAUUCCGCAAUCAUCGCCAUAGACCCAAGCCUCCGCUCCACAGCUUCCGGUCGCCCUACCAGCCGCGGUGCAUUGCACGACGGGAACGGGUUAAGCUCAAUGGCAGCCGUCCGGCAGAAGCAGGAGUACUACUUGCAACAAAGCGACACCUUCAGCACGAGGCUCAUUCAGCAACUCGACUACACCUUCACCACGACCUUCAACAGCGCCAAGAGCCAGGCGUUGGUCCCUGCAACGGGCGCAACUGGCGGCAUGCGGCUGAAUCCAGACGUCUACACGCAAGUGAGGAAGGCCUUCUGGAUCUACAGCCCGCUCAUCCUGUUCACCAAGGAGUUGAAUCCCGUGGCCUGGCAAAGUAUCAUCAAGACAUAUCACUUGCGCGCCAAACCGCUGUACACCGAUGCCUUUGGCCAAAAUGUGGCCGGGUGGAAACGUGUGGUGCGGAAAGCUACGGGCGAGGAAGCGGAGAUUCUCUUUACGACCCAGGAGCGGGAAGAGGUUCCGGGCGUCGGCAAGGUGGCGUCGGCGAGAAAGCUGACGGUGAAGCGCUCACAGACCCUCGCCAAAACACUUCGCAAAGCGUCAGACGAACGUUCAGCUUCCGGGGAUGCGAGAAACGCGGCGGGCAUCCACCACUGCGAGGUGUUUUCCGCUGCGUUGGAUGAGAUGGCACCCCUUGUGAGCCAAGAGCAGAACUUUGUGGUGGACCUCUUCCACGCCAGUAGCCUCGGGACGGUGGAUUUCAACGAAUUUGUGAAUGCUACGCCGCCGGAUCAACGAGUUGGCACGAACUUGAUGGAGCGCAAGCCGAUGGACCCCGACCGAGAGAUGGCCCGUGAAGUGACGAGUGUGAUGGACGAAAUCUUUGGCUUCUUCACGAAUGAGCUGUCCAAACUGCUCGAUUGGAGUCUGUCCGUCGAUCCCAUCCAGGGAGUCGGCGUCAUGGCGAGCCUGAGCCGGCACGCAUUCUACUUGCAAGACACGAGUCAAGAAUUCCUGAUCCAGCUCAUCGACACCCUCAUGUCGCGGCUUCAGAGUCUCUUCUCCAAGUUUGUCGACGAACAAAUCCGCGCAAUCGAGGAGACCAAGGUGAAGAUUAAGAAGCGAAAGGGAGUGAUUGGCUUCAUGAGGAUCUUCCCUCAUUUUGCCGUUGCGGUCGAGAAUACAUUCGCCGCCGUAGGUCGGGGGGACUACGACCAGGAGGCCGAGUGCAUGCAUGAUGUGCGCGCGCGCGUUGACGAGGCGUACACGAGGAUUAAUCGCGCGAUGUUUGAUAGCCUCAAAGUCAUCGCGAAAGAAAGUCCUCUGUCGGCGCCCGCCGGACCCCGAGCUACCACCGACGAUCCGGAGGACAAGGAAAAGCUGAACUACAACGUGCUGAUCAUCGAAAAUAUGAACCACUACAUCGAGGAGGUGGACGACGGGGGAAGACGCGGCGUGCUAGCGGAAUGGAAGGGCAGGGCGGAUCGGGAAAGGACGGAAGCGAUGGAUAGUUAUGUCGGGCAGGUCAUCCGUCGACCACUCGGCAAGCUUCUUGAAUUCCUGGACUCCCUCGACGCGGUCAAGUCGUCGCACGCGGGCAACUCGAGUGCAAUCACCAGUCGGCCCUCGUUCUCGCGCAAGAGCGCACGCAGCGUCUUGUCACAAUACGACGGCAAGGAGAUCCGAAGAGGCAUCGAUCAGCUCCGCACGCGAAUCGAGAAGCACUUUGGCGUGGGCGAUGACGAGGCCAUUUGUCGCGCGCUGGUGGCACUCAUGUGCAAGGAGUGCGAGAAGGCGUACGAAGCGACGAUUACGAGGACGGAAGAGGCGCUUCGCGAGUUGUAUCCCAACGUGGAAGGGGAGAAGGCGGUGGAGCUGGACUUUGCGAGGGCUGAUGUGCAGGCUGGGUUCCGCAAAUGA